AUGGGCGACACCCGAAUAUUCACCAAGACGCGGACUGGCUGUGCCGAAUGCAAAAGGAAGAAAAUCAAGUGUGACGAAAAGAAACCCAACUGCACGCGGUGCAAGCGAUGUCCCGAUCGGUGCAAGUAUGAGCUGAACCUCUCCUGGACGGGAGGGAGACCUUUCAAGAAACCACGGAAGUCAAAGGUGCCGCAAGGAGACUCUGUUGAGCGCUCGGCUGGUGCCCUCUUCAAUGCUUUUCUCUUCGACCCUACAACUGGGGAUGAUGCAACGAAGGUGGUGGCGAGAGGCGGCUCUGAGGAUGGAGAUGGGGUGUCGAGCACGUUAUCAGGGCACUUUUCCUCUGGUUUUCUGUCUUCCGCAGACAACUGGGACAUGUGUGAGACUUCGCAAUCACAACCAAUCCUUGUAUCCAGAGAACAAGAGGGCGACGACAUCAGUGCUGCCGCUGGUGAUGUUGGAGGCGAUUUUGGGACAGACUCGGCCAGUUUCACUACACCUGUCGGCGGUGCUGAAUUGAUGUCGCCAGCUGAAUCUUUUGAACUUGUCCAUCAGUUACUGAAUGCUAGCGGCCAUGAAUAUGUGGACGGUGAUGAUGAGGCCAUGAUCCAGGCUCUUUCUGACGCCAAUCACCCCUCGCAGAUCCUCGAUCACAACCCUGUCGCUUUAAACCAUCCUCUCAUCUUCAUGCCGUCGGAUCUUCUCUCCUCAACAGAAUCACGCUUCUUUCUACACCAUUAUCAUACGUACACGUCGUCCGUCAUCUUCCCUCUGUCGCCGCGAGGCAAUCCUCUCCGAGAGACCCUCCUCCAGGCUGCCGUCACCACGCCACACUUACUAUCCGCACUGCUUGCGUCAGCUUGUAGCCACUACACUCGUCUGCGAGGUGACUUGUCCCCCGACAUGUCCAAAACAAUCAUCAAGUUUACGGGCCCUGCACUUGCAGGUUUACGUGAAGCCGUCAGCGACCAAAGCUCUGUGCACAAGAUGGAGACCAUCUCCACCGCUCUAGCCUUAUGCACCAGCGACGUUAUCUCGGGGGAUCUUAGUAUGUGGCGCAUGCACUUACAAGGCGUAAAGAACUUGUUAUUUUCCGCCAUCCAGCGGGAAACCAAUAGCGAGCACAGCACUGGCGACGGCUCCAGCUCUGACCUCGAACUCUUCCACCCCCGCUCGCUAGCGAGCACUCUCACAAUCACAGAUCCUACACAACUAUUCCUAAUGAAAUGGUUCGCGACGCUCGACAUCUUCGCCGGCGUCUCAGGCUUAGGCAAGAGCACCAUCCCGGACGGCCACUAUUGGUCGAGCACCACCCCUGACCACUGCAGGGGCUACGUCGACGAGUUCAUGGGCUGUUCGUUAGAGCUGAUGCCCCUGCUGGCAAAAAUCGGGCGGAUGGCACGCGUGCAGCAGAAACGGGCCAAAAUUGCCCUUGCAGCCUCUGCCGCAUCAAGAGCGAUGAAGAAUGACAGUGAUCCCUCAGACUCUGAAGACCAAGAGGCUAUAGCUGACAUGCACAUUCGAUGCAAGCUCCGUCGUGAGACGCUAGAGGAGAUUGAUUUGAUUGAAAGCCAGCUACACGCGCUCUUCGAACGCUCAGCGCCUCCUUCGCUCACUACGCAUCACGGCCGACAGUCGCCCUCUUUCUCCUCCUUCUCUCUCCCUCCCGUCGGCACCAGCACCCAACCAUCCACCUCCAGCCCCACGACAAGAAUAGACGUGGCCGAAGAAAUGCGCCUGACGCACCGCAUCUUUGUCUACGCGGCUCUUCUGCAUCUGUACCGCCGCGUACAAAAUCUUCCCAAAUCUCAUAUCAAGCCCGCCCACGCCGUCUAUAUGAUCCUUGAAAACCUCGAAAAGCUCCACGCUGACUCAGCGGCGAGUAUUUUGAUCUUGUGGCCUGUCUUCAGCGCAGGAUGUGAGACGGAUGAUGGUGAGCAGAGACGGAAAAUCGACAACAGGAUGAAGAAGAUGGGACGGUUUGGGAUGGGAAACGUGGAGAGAGCGAGGAAGGCAAUGAGGGCUUACUGGGAUGCCGAGGACGGACGGAGGUGGGAUCUGUUCAUGGAGGAGAAGGGCUGGGAUAUUGUGCUCUUCUAA